CCGAGAUGCACAUGACUGAGCUGCGGAGGGAUCCCUUGAAGAUGGGUUUACCUGUCUGGGCUUUGGGACUAUUUUUCCUCGUCACUUUUCUACCAUCACAAACAGGCUCUGUUGCUGUCAUGUCGGUUGAUAUGGGCAGUGAAUGGAUGAAAGUGGCCAUUGUCAAACCAGGAGUUCCAAUGGAAAUUGUCUUAAACAAGGAGUCUCGAAGGAAAACACCUGUGGCAGUAGCUUUGAAAGAGGAUGAACGUCUGUUCGGUGAUAACGCUUUGGGAAUGGCGGUCAAAAACCCCAAGAUUACAUUCCGUUUCUUUCAAGACCUGCUUGGUAAAAGGGCAGAAAAUCCACAGGUUGAGGCUUUUAAGGCCAAGUUUCCUGAAUACCAGAUUGAGAAGGAUGAACGCCGUGGCACCGUUGCCUUCAAACUAUCCGAUGAGUUAAUGUAUUCGCCUGAGGAGGUCUUGGGGAUGUUGCUGAAUUAUUCCAGGUCUCUGGCUGAAGAAUUUGCAGAACAGCCUGUGAAGGAUAUCGUAAUUACUGUUCCCGUCUUCUUUAACCAGGCAGAGCGUAGAGCAGUUUUACAUGCUGCUCAGCUCGCAGGCCUCAAGGUUUUACAACUUAUUAAUGACAACACGGCUGUGGCUCUGAAUUACGGUGUGUUCCGUAGGAAAGACAUCAACGCUACCGCACAGAGUAUCAUGUUUUAUGACAUGGGAUCUAGGAGUACAAAAUGCACUAUUGUCACUUACCAAACUGUGAAGACUAAAGACUCUGGCACUCAACCCCAGCUUCAAAUACGUGGAGUCGGGUUUGAUCGCACACUUGGAGGACUGGAGCUGGAUUUACGCCUUCGGGAUCAUUUGGCCAAGCUCUUUAAUGAGCAAAAGAAGUCCAAGAAGGAUGUGCGGGAAAACCCACGAGCUAUGGCUAAACUUCUUAAGGAGGCAAACCGUGUUAAGACAAUUCUAAGUGCAAACAAUGACCACAUGGCUCAGAUUGAAGGCCUCAUGGAUGACAUUGAUUUCAAAGCAAAGGUGACACGCCAAGAGCUUGAAGAACUAUGCACUGAUAUAUUUACAAGAGUGUCUGUCCCGGUGCAGCAGGCUCUAAGCAGUGCCGAAAUGAACAUGGAUGAAAUUGAUCAGGUUAUCCUGGUGGGGGGAGCCACUCGUGUCCCCAAAGUUCAGGAGCUGUUGCUUAAGGCUGUUGGAAAGGAGGAACUGGGAAAGAAUAUCAAUGCAGAUGAGGCAGCAGCCAUGGGAGCCGUGUAUCAGGCAGCUGCUCUCAGCAAAGCAUUCAAAGUAAAACCUUUUGUGGUGAGAGAUGCUGCCGCAUUCCCCAUUCAGGUGGAGUUUACCAGAGAAGUAGAAGAAGAGAAUGAAAAGAAAAGUCUGAAGCACAACAAGAGAAUUCUGUUUCAGAGAAUGGCCCCCUACCCCCAGCGCAAAGUCAUCACCUUCAAUCGCUACAAUGAUGACUUUGAAUUCAAUAUCAACUAUGGAGAUCUCACCUUUCUGGGGCCUGAGGAUCUGCAGAUUUUUGGAUCACUGAACCUGACUACAGUAAAGUUGAAUGGGGUUGGAGAAAGCUUUGAGAAAAGAUCUGACUAUGAAUCUAAAGGCAUCAAAGCCCACUUCAACAUGGAUGAAAGUGGCCUGCUAAGCCUUGACCGGGUUGAGGCUGUCUUUGAGACAAUGGUGGAGGAAAAGCCAGAGCAGGAAUCCACAUUGACAAAGCUCGGGAAUACUAUAUCUAGCCUUUUUGGAGGUGGUGGCACCACACAAGAAAAUAAGGAGAAUACCACUGACAGUGUUCAGGAAGAUGAGGACCCACCUAACGAAGCCACAAAGGAAGAGGAUCAGGAAUCCACAGAACCACCAAGUGAGCAAGAUAGCAAAAAGGAAACCCCAACAGAGGGUGAAAAACAAGAAGAACAGAAAGAGGGAGAGACAGCAGGCGGGGACCAGAAAGCUGCAGAGGAAGAGGCAAAAAAGGAAAGUGAGACUGUAAAAGCCCCCGAAGGAGAAUCUAAGAAACCUGUAAUUCCUAAAAAACAGAAGGUGGUUGAUGAAAUAGAAGCAUCGCAGACUGUUAAUGAUGUUCCAGAUUUUCUGGAGGAAGAGAUGAAAAAGGCCUCCAAAAGGCUUCAAGAUCUGACAGAUAGAGAUCUACAGAAACAUGAGAGAGAGAAGGCUGCCAACAGUCUUGAAGCGUUUAUCUUUGAGACACAGGAUAAACUCCGUCAGAAGGAAUUUCUCAAAGUUUCCACUGAGGAGCAGAGGGAAGAGAUCUCCAGCAAGCUCAGCCAGGUAUCCAACUGGUUGGAGGAUGAGGGAUAUGGCGCCACCACCAAGGAACUGAAAGACAAACUGGCAGAGCUCAAGAAACUGUGCAAGUCUCUGUUUUUCAAGGUGGAAGAAAGAAGGAAGUGGCCCGAUAGAUUAGCGGCCCUGGAUAGUUUGCUUAAUCACUCCAGCAUCUUCCUAAAGAGUGCUAGGAUGAUCCCUGAUGAUGAUCAGAUUUUCACAGAUGUGGAGCUUAACACAUUAGAAAAGUUGAUCUCUGAUACAUGGACUUGGAAGAAUGAAACUCUUGCUGAGCAAGCCAAGCUGGUCGCUACAGAGAAGCCUGUGUUACUGUCCAAGGACAUUGAGCAAAAGUUAGGAGCCCUGGACAGAGAAGUGCAAUACCUACUCAAUAAGGCCAAGUUCUCCAAACCUAAACCGAAGAAGAAAAGCAAUGCAACAAAGUCCGACAAGAACACAACAGAGAAUGAAGAAAAAGUCAUUCCUCCUACGAGUAAAGAAGAAAAGCCUAUUGAUCCAGAGCCAAUAACUGAACCUCCUGUAGAAGAAAAGAGCGAGACUCCAGAGCUAGGUUCAGAAGCAGGUAAUCCAGGGCACGCCCAGGAGUUUUAACGAUGUGGUCUAGUGUCUGGAUAUUCGACAUCGCAGAAGACACCAGAGCUGCCAGAAGAAAACCCCAAAACUGAGUUAUAACCAUCCUUGAACCCUGUUGGCCCUAAUAUUUAUUAACAUUACUUUUUUUGUAAUGGACCAUGUUUAUUUUUAUGCCAACAUAGCCCUGGCCUACUUCACCUGUACUCCCACCAUCAACCGCCCCCCC